AUGCUUCCGGGGCCAUCUGGCGGCCAGCCGGAGCAGCGCCGAGCCGUCACCGAUCCGGAGACGGUGGCGCCACCUGUGCUGCUCGUCGGCGUCUGGAGCGAGGGCGAGGACCAGGCGACUCCGACCGAGAUCGAGCUGCAGCAAAUGCGGCAGCGACUGCAGCACGUCUUCCAGGGGCAGCUGUGCGGCCGGCACGUGCACGGCGAAGUGUUCACGCUGCCGCUGUCCCGGGCGGCUAGUCAACUGGCGGCGCUGCGGGCCUGCGCCGCCCGGCUCAUGCUGGCCCAGGCUCACAUGGGCGAGAGGGUUCCCGUCCGCUGGCUCAGUCUGGAGGAGGAGGUGGCCCGCCGCGUCCGCGCCGGUCUCGUGGUCGCCACCCUGGACGAGGUGGAAACGAUGGCGGCCGAACAUGAGGUGGCGGGCGAGGAGCUGACCACCUUCCUGCAGUUCCACCAUGACCAGGGCAGUCUGCUGUACCACGGCGAUGCCGAGCACCGGCUCGUGCUGCUCUCGCCGCAGUGGCUCGUUCAGCUGAUCGCUGACGUCAUCAGAGCAAAACGGAAAUACUAUCAGUCGGCACCGAGCGGCUGGCGCCGUCUGGAGACGGAGGGCGUGGUGGAGGCGGGCCUGCUGACGCGCCAGUGGGACGACCUGACCAGCGACGCCGUUUCGCUGGGCGUGCUGCAGCGGCUGGGGCUGCUCUGUCAGCUGGCGCCGCCGCCCGGCCUCUACGACCUGGCCGACAGCGUAGCUCUGCCGAAGAUGCUGCUGAUGCCCUGUCUCAUCACGAGUCGGGCAGACUCGACGGAGUCAACACGCGAUUCGGCCGACGCCUUCACGUUCUAUAUAGACUUUUGCGGCUUCCUGCCCGCUUGA